UAUGAAUGUAUAUUAAUAAGAGCAGCGGGACUAGUUGAACUCCAAAGCCAUUGUAGAAGUUGCAAAGGAAUUCUGCUGUGGUGUCCUGUCAGUUGAUCACUGUUACUUCAGUCUUCGAACUUAAAACUAAAAAGGCCAUGAAAUUUGGAGACCUUAUUUCAUACUCUCAUCCUGGGUACAAACACUGGGUGGUGUACACUGGGAAGAAUGAAAAGGGACAAGAUACAGUUGUCGAGUUUACAGGUGAAAGUGGAUCAAACAGUAAAGCAGGAGCCACUGUGAAGGAAGGUCUGCUCAAGACUGGUGGCAAAGUCAACAAUCAGUUGGAUGGGUUACAUAAGCCAAUACUUGAAAAAGAUAUGAAAGCAAAUAUUAAAAAAAUCUUGCGUGAUGGCCCCGGAGAAUACAAUGUACUCCACAACAACUGUGAGCACCUAGCCACAUUUAUUCGCUAUGGGAAGCCCAUGUCACUACAGGCAGAUCGCGUUCUCAAUACGCAACCAAACUUUAACAACGAAAUGGCAGAUAACUUUGGUGCAUCUUCCUUUACUUCGACCUCUAUGAAAUUUUAAAUCAUUUCUUCAAUCUGCAUUCCCCCUCUACUGCACUCACAUGUUAUUUUACUUGUAGUGAUUGAAAAACAAAAUCAAAUCAUAUUAAAGUUGAUUUGGUGGCACUGCGUCUUGAUGGUACAAAGAUAUCUUCAAUUUAACAAGAAAUAUGUAACUUUUAGAACAGGUUACUUUGUUUUAAAGCAGCCAGUGGGAUAAUUAAAAAAAAAAAAAAAAAUUAAAAAACAUAAACUACCGAUUUGCUACUUCCCUACAUGCAAGCUUGGUGCACAUCUCAUCAGGGAGAUGUGAAUCUCUCCCCAUGGACAUGCCGCUCCAGAGCCCGUCACAGAAGCAAUAAAGCAGAAUUAACAAGUUACUUUCCCAUUGCCAAACCUAAAUGUACCAUUACAGGUUGUUUUUUUUUUUUUUUUAACAAAAAAAGGGAUAACAAUAUAAAAUAUCAAUGUCUGUCUUUUACAGAGAAGGAAUGCACUCCUUCACAUUGCCCUAAAGCCAAACACAGCAAUCUCAAGGCAAAGUAAAUAAUUCAGCUUCUAUUAAGUUAGAAAUAAAUAAACACAUGAGCAGCACACCAAGGCAAAGUCCUCCUGUGGUGUCCUGUUAAUUGAUCAGUUACAGUCUUUAGUUUUCAAAUUUAAAACUAGUGUCUUUUUUCCCCCUAUACUAUAAGCAUAGUAAAAACGAUAGUAAUGUCAAACUCUUCAGUUUGGAAUUAAGGUGCUGUUAUGGGUUCAUCCCACGUGGAGGUGUAUGAAAGUACAGGUUGGUUUCACGAUGUUAGGGGAUAAAAUCUAUAGUUCAUACAGUAUAAAAAUAAUUGUCUAUGGAGAAUCCUCAAAUGAUAGCUGCACCAACAUGUCUGUGAGUGUGUGUAGAUGACCAAGACUGCAAGAAUUCAACAUUCAUGCUCCUGUUUGCCGGAUUCUCAGACCACAAAAAAAAAAAAAAAAAAAAAAAAACACCUCAAAGUAUGAGAAUGGCAACAGGAAGUAGCUUUCUCCACCCUUCCCAACAAUCAGAACUUAUAACAUGUCUUCUGCACACAGCUGUCAGCAGUUGUUUUUAGUUGUGAAUUUCCUAUGAUAAACUGGCACAAUUACACCUCUAUUGCAUCUAAUAAAAAAGGUAAGAUGAGCUGCUUUUGACCAUUGUGCAAGGGGGGAGGGGAUUAGAAAAACAAAAAGACAGGGAUAUUGGUCCACAUCUACAGGCAAAUGGUAGAUGAAUUUGGAUAAAUGUGAAAUUUAUGCCCAAAACAAUGUCAGAAAGGGUACAUCUGCACCAAUAGGUCACAUACCAGUCCCAGAAGGACCAUACAAACAUCUGGUAAUAGAUAAAAUCAGUAAGAGGAAAAAGAUACAUGCUGGUGAUAAGACAGAUUCAGCAGAUGAGUAGAAGCAGUACCAUCAGCAGUUUAGGGGAGCUCAAACCAUGAUCACCCUUUUGAUGAGAAGUCAAAGAUUUUGCAUACCAUCUCAUUAAUUCUGACAAUGGCUCAGCAU